AUGGCGCCUAUUCAAUUCUUGUUUGCGUCGGCCAUUGUGUUUUCGGCGGCUGUUGCAGCCCCGAUUGAUACUAACUAUGUAGGUGCUGGGAAGGUGGGCGCGUCCCUUCCGAGCAAGCAUCAAAGCGAACCAAUGCGCAUGGCGAACCCGUCCAUGUCCAGCGCGCCUGUGAUGAAGGUCGAUACGCAGGCCAUGAAAUUGGUUGCUGAGAAGGCGGUUCAGACGCCUCCCAGUGGUCGACAGAGUCCUGGCGUGUUUCACAUGUUGGACAAGUUGCCUAUCAAGCGAGAGGAAAAGGAGGGCAUGGCACUGCCCCAGCUGGAUGAGAUCACUGAUCUGUUGACGAGUGCCAACUCUGUUCCCAAGCGGGAGGGAGAGGUCAAGCCACGUCAAUUUGGGUUUGUCAAGAGUCUCCCUGAAGCUCUUAAGGAGACUGAAAAUGUGGAGGACUUUGUCGCCAGUCUGCCGGUUAAGCGUGAUGGAAACGUGAUUCUCGAAGGUCUGGGUAAACUUGAUAGUGUGCUUCAAGGUACUCCGACGCGUGAGACUGAAAAAUCAAAGGCUCAUGGUGAGACUUAUGCCGAGAAAGGGCUAAAGGGAUUCAAGGGAUGGAUGGAUCAUGAUUCGAUGAAGAAACAGAAGGCUCCAGAUGUCCCCUCGGCAGCGGACCGGCGUGGUCUCAGUAAUGUUGCCAAGAGAGCUGAUCCUGUGAGAAAUCUUCUCAACAGCAUCCUUGUAAAGCGUGACACUGAGGGAGCCACGGCCAAGGCUCAUCAUGAGACCUAUUUCGAGAGAACAGUCAAACAAAUCCAGAAAUGGGUUCACAAUGGGGAGGAAGGCAAAACAUCAUCUGCAGUCAAGCGAGACAGUCCCGCCGACACCAUCACCAAUCUUAUCGGCAGUAUUCUCGCCAAGCGUGGGCAAAUGGCCACUGACAAAAGCAUGGUCGACGCAAUCGCAAAACGUGACACUGGGGGAGCCGCGUCCGAGGCUCAGAAAACCUAUAUCGAGAAAACACUCGAAGGAUUCGAGGGACUGAUUUACCAUGGAUCUAAGGACAAAGAAGCAGAACUUCCAGAAGUAGAAUCAGCAACCGAGUCACUCGGACUAGCUAAAGGACCCAAGGAUACCAGUCCCACCGACCCCAUCACCAGUCUUCUCGGCAGUAUUCUCGCCAAGCGUGAGCAAAUGGCUACUGACGAAAGCAUGGUCGACGCAAUCGCAAAGCGUGAUAUUGACGACGCAAUCACCACCGCUUCGGAAACUCUCAACGGCAUCGCAAAACGUAACGGCCUAGACUCCGCCGACACACUCAACAACGGCCUCAACAUUCGUCAGCUCGAUAUCCUCUCGACAUUGGAAACUAAUACUUUGAGCAAUGCCGGUAAUAUGGCUGGUGAUCUUGGAAAGGCUGCUGCCGGUAAACAUCGUCGUGGUAAUGGCGAUGCAGGCUCGGUUGCGGCUGAUGUUGCUGAAGGAGAGCAGACUUUGCAGGAUACCACGGCUGAUGUCGGCGGACAUUUGGAUAAGAGACAGGUUCCUCCCAUUUCUGGAGCCGAUGCUUUUGACGUCCUCAAGGGAGUAGUUAGGCAUCCGGAUGUGGCUUUGACACCGGUUAUGGAUGGCGUUUUACUUGGAGGCAAAUCGUUGAAGGAUAUGAGUCCUCAGUAA